GUGCUGAAAUGUGUUGGUAAUGAGUGACCAUUAGGGUUUCAACCUGGACCUUUCCCAAGAGCAAGCCUGUGAGAGAGGGGCACCAACAAUUGGACCCAAUCCUGUUGGCCAAAAGGAUAGGCAAAAAGGAACUGUUAAGUUUAAUAUAGUUUUUCUCAUAUCAUUGUAUCUGUUCAAGGACCAAAGUUUCAGAAGUAGUCAUUAAAAUGAUAUUGCUCUUACUAUGAUCUUUUGUUUUGCUAAGUUGUUUAUGGCAAUAAUCCCUACAUAGCAGGCUUCUACAUUCAAAUAAUAUUAUUACACUAAAACAGUUUUGAAGGUUCACUACCAGUAAUUGUUAUAAUGGAAUUGAGGGUUGUUAUUUGCUUAGUCAAGCCUUUGGUUUAAACCUUUUGGAAUAAACUAAUACUUUUAGGCUAUGUUUGGUAUCGUUUCUACUUUGGUUUUUUAAAAAAUUUGGAAACAGCAAAUCUGUUUCCAUGUUUUUUCAGAUUUCUUACAAUAAAAAAUAUGUUCAGUUCUCUUUUUCAAGUAACAGAACUGCCGAGCCGGAGAUGGUGAAAGGCCAUGGCGGAAGAUGAGAGCAUGGAAUCGAGCAAGCUUUAAGAUGGUGGGGAGUGAGGGAAUGGGGCAAUUGGGGACAUGUCAGGAGUUGCUCAAAUGAAAGUUGCUCCAAUGGAUUGAUGGAUGUCGGGAAUAGACAGACACCACCGCUCUUGAGGGAAUGGAUGGAUGGACGGAUGCUAGGAACAAACGGAUGGAUGGUUGAUGGGAAUGAGUGAAUGGAACCCGAGAACAAACAAAUGAAUGUACGAUCGUGGAAGACGGACACUGGGAAUGAAUGGAUAGAUGAACACCAAAUCGCAUCCUGAUCCACCACCAUUUGAUCGAAACCCCCACCAGCAUCAGACCCAGCAGCAGGGGUUUAUCUCCCUUUGGCCCCAAAAAUCCGGCUUUGCACCGGAGCUUUGGUGAUCUCUGCCGGUACUCAAUCUUCUCCAACUAGCUUCUCUGACAUGCGUGAGACUCGAGGAACUAGUGGAGGAGGAAGAGGUGGUAGCAUUGAGGACAUUGGUGAGGCGAUGGAGGAAAGUGACUAGAGAAGCAGACGGCAGCAAGGAGGAGGGCGGUGAAGACCUUGAGGAGGUAGAAGAGUGGCACUAAGAUCGGGAGGUCGGGCAGAGGGGAUGAGAGGGUUGAAAACCCACUUUUUUAAAAAAAUAAUGGAAGUGAAAAUUUUUCACUUUCACUUCUUCAGAAAUAAUGAAAGUUUUUUUUAGAAAAGAAAUAGAAACGGUUACAAAGCAUGUUUUCUGCAUCAAAUUUCAUUUUUCUGUUUAAAAAGAAGAAACAUGAAAAAAAAGAUACGAAAUAGGGUUUUAAAUGGCCAUUUUUAGCCAUUCAAAUCAAAAUUAACAAAUAAUAAUGGCAAAUGAUAGUGUCAUCCAUGUUUUAAGAUAAUGGCAAAUAUGAUGCUAUAAUCACUGUUUCUUUGGUUUUGUAGCCCCUUUUUUGAAAGAAUUGGAGGCCACUUGCUGCAUUAUGCUAUACAUAAGAGGUGUUAAAUUCAAAUGUCCAUCCUGGUUCAUCAUAACAUUUUGUUACUUAACAGCAAGGGAGAUAAUGUACCAGCACCAUACAUGACAUUUGAGUCUGCAGGCUUUCCUUCAGAAAUUUUAAAAGAGAUACACCAUGCAGGUUUCUCUGCUCCCACUCCUAUCCAGGCUCAGUCUUGGCCAAUUGCAUUACAAAGUCGUGACAUUGUAGCGAUUGCAAAGACAGGAUCAGGCAAAACUCUUGGUUAUCUUUUUCCAGGGUUCAUUCAUCUUAAACGCCUUCGUAACAACUCUAAGAUGGGUCCAACAGUAUUGGUUCUGGCACCAACUAGGGAGUUGGCAACACAGAUAGAGGAUGAAGCUGUGAAGUUCGGGCGAUCAUCAAGAAUAUCAUGCACGGUUUGUUCCUUCUAUAGCUAUUUGGUUGUGUCUUUAGUUGGUUUGUUGUUUGGUUGUUGGAAUCAAUGAUGGCAGAAGUUUUUCAGCUAGUUUUGAUUUUGAUGAAAACUGCUUGUCAUGAGACUCAAAGUAUUAUGUCCUCAAAUAGUUGUUCAUCUUCAAAGAUAACCUAGAUCUCAUCUCUCUCUCUCCAAACUGGACUCUGGAUCGCCUCAUAAAUAUUUGUUCAAUGUUCCUGAAAUUGACAUAGCUGGUUUUAGUGUAAUGUGUUUGCUAGCAUACGA